AUUUGAUUUUGUUUUAACGUAACCUCGUUCUUCUUCUUGUUUCCUCAGAAGUUCGGUUUCUUCAAAGCGCAAGUUAUUUGGGCUAAACGAUUGAAGACUGUUAGCCAUUAACGAAUCGUUGUAGCCUGAUGGCGUCUUUGGAAAUAAAAUCUGGUACAUUGAUUUCCUUACAAGACCUGCACCAGUCAUCUCCAUUUUUUAAGCAAGGAGCCUCUCUCAGAAUAACUGGAAAGUUACGUGAAUAUUCUAUAGAGGCGUGCCUAGCAACGAUUAUUGAUGGCGAUGACAUUCUAAAAGUUAGUACCGAACAUCUGAGGGACCUUAGCUUUCAAGUUGGCUCUGUCUACCAAUUCAUUGGUGAACUCCUUAUCCAACCUGAUAAUGAGGUAGUUUUGCAAGCUCGUGUUGGUAGAAACGUUGAUGGGAUCGAUCUCAAUCUUUACCAUCAGUCCCUGCUGCUCUUAAGACAGUUUCAAGCCAAUCAUUUAAGCAAUCCAGAAACUAUGUAGGAUUAUUUGCGAGCAGAAGAUGCCAUGCUAAUAUGAAAACGCACUCUUCUCAUAAUAUAAAAGAAGAUGGAAAUUUGCUCUGAAACUGUUGUAUAGCAAUGUUUGUUCUCACUUAGGGACACUGAAUGCAUAUGCUUUUCUGUGUUUUCAGAUAAAGACGUAGUGUCUGCACUCUACAAUGUUCUUCAUGUGUAAACAGAAUCUUAGCAAGUUCAUGAUGACAUUUCGUUUUAUUUUUA